AUGUGCGCAUUAGCUCGAUCUGGCUCGCGUCUGCUCUCAAUCGUCUCGAGGAAUAAUCGUAGAUUUUCCUCGGCCGUCAGCUCAGAACCACCGAAAGAAGCAAUCAUAUCCUCCUCUAUUCUCGGUGAUCAGCCACCGCCACCGCCAGCGGGUCCGCCGCCUCCGCCGCCGGCUUCAGAGGUAGAUAAAAGUUCAUGGAACUUUCUCAAGUACGGUCUCGUUGCUGCCAUCACAGGUGGUGCUGCUACUGCAGGCUAUGCUACCUACGCAUACUCAUUGGAUGAAGUUGAUGAGAAAACUAAGGCCCUUCGCGCAUCUGCAAAUUUCAAUGUUGGCGAUGAUAAAUCUCCUUUUGAUGUGCUGCCUGCUAAAUUAGUUGAAGCAUACCUCGAUUUAAGGAGGUUAGCGGAAGAACAAGUUAAGGGUUUUACUGAACCCACAUCAGAGAAGCUCCUUCCAGAUUUGCACCCUAUGGAGCAGCAUGUUUUUACCCUUGUUCUUGAUCUAAAUGAAACAUUGAUAUAUUCUGAUUGGAAGCGUGACAGAGGGUGGAGAACGUUCAAAAGACCCGGUAUAGAUGCUUUCCUCGAGCAUUUAGCUCAAUUUUAUGAGAUUGUAGUAUACUCUGACCAACUAAAUAUGUAUGUUGAUCCUGUUGUCGAAAGAUUGGAUCCAAAGCAUUGUAUCCGCUAUAGGCUCUCUAGGGGGGCAACAAGAUAUAUAGAUGGCAAGCAUUACAGGGACCUAUCAAUGCUGAACAGAGAUCCCGCAAAGGUGCUAUACAUUAGUGGCCAUGCUCUAGAAAGUAGUCUUCAGUCCGAGAAUUGUGUUCCAAUAAAAGCAUGGCAAGGGGAAGCAGAUGACACUGCACUUCUUGAUCUUAUUCCAUUCCUGGAAUAUGUUGCCAAACACCGGCCAUCCGAUAUUCGAACUGUUCUAGCUUCUUAUCAAGGCCGUGAUAUAGCAAAAGAGUUCAUUGAACGGUCAAAAGAGCAUCAGAGGAGAAUGCUGGAGCAAAAGCAACAAGGCCGUCUCUGGAGACGUUAG